AUGUCAUCCUCAUCUGAUGACGAAAUUAUAUUAAAUAAGCGUCGAAAUACGAAUCAACGAGCAAGUAAUCGAAGUCGCUUACCUCGAAAUAGUGAAACAGUAAGUAAAGCUUUAAAGGAAAUCAAAGAAGCGAGGUUAAGUGGAAAAUUUCGACGUAUUGAUGUGGAUUCUUUAAUAAAACCUGUUUAUGAAGAAGUCGAUGAGCGCGAAUAUUUGAAUAUUAAACGACAACGCCAAAAUGAUUGUUUCGUUGUUGAUGAUGACGGAAACGGUUAUAUAGAUGAUGGCGAUGAUUUUUCAUCUGAGAAUGAGUAUUUGGACGAUGUUCCUUUAAAGCAAAAAGAGGGGCUUAAUUCUAUGUUAUCUUUCGAGGAGGAAGAUUUAAGAGAAUUGCUGAGGUGGAAUGAAAAUUUUUAUCGACUUUUUUUUGCAGAAAGGCACAAAAAGAAUUCAAUUCGCAGCUAUUUUUCCGAUGUAGCACCAAAAAAUAUCAAAGAUGAGAAUUCUAUAUCCCUUCGAAAUGAUCCUGAAAUGGUUUCGAUGUUGAACCAGUUUUUUGAUAAUCAGUUAGAAUUUGACCCAGAAGAAUGUGGAGUCCAGUCAUCCAAUCCAUAUUUACGCAAUCCAUUCAAACGUGAACUUUCGAGGCCAUCAGAAGAUAUCUCGCCAACUCCUGUUAAAAUUGCAAAAAUUAGUUCACCAGAUAAAAUGCUUGACGAUAAAAAAGCAAUUGUUAAUUCAGAAGCUCUUGAAUUCGGAAGAAAAUAUGGACAAAAAGAAAAUUUUUGUGUGAAUAGCGAACAUAAUAAUAUAAUUUUGGAUGAUAAUAAUUCGGCUCAAUCAGACGGAAAAAACAGUUUGUCAUUGCAUAGCAGAGAUUUAUUUAUUGAGGCAAGAAUCCACCAUCCCUUAGAUAAGAACGUAAAAUAUGAUUUGAAAACUGUUACUGGAGAUUCUGAAACAAAUCACGGAUCAAUUUGCAGUAUUUUUGUUCCUGAUGACGAUAAUGAUAUCCUAGAAGUGGAAGUUGGAGCUGAAGGCCCUUUUAAUGAAAAUUCCAAUGAUAAAACAGUCUUGCGUUUUUAUUGGUUGGAUACAUUCGAAGAUACUUCAAAAAAUCCAGGCAUUUGUUUUUCAUUUCUUUUUCCUUUACAUUUUAUUUCUGUUUAA